CAACAGAACUACAGACCACCUACAGACCUGCUUCAGCCUUCACAUUCAGUACACACUGGAGCUGCCACUCAUCUGUAUCUCAGCUUCUGACUUUAAUUAUGCAGCGCUUUGGGCCACUGAGCAGAUGCUGAGAUUGUGUCGAGUCAUGAGCAUCCUGCAGGGAGAGGACACCACAGCAGACCCUCCAUGUCUGUCUUCAAAACGUCACGAAUCAUCGUCGCGUGCUGCUCGCCAUUUAAAGUCAAACUGGAAGACGCUUUGGUGGAAGGAACCUAAAUUCGAGGUGGGACCGUUAUCCGGUGCAGUCAUCUACGCCGGAUGGCAAGCAAGAACAUGUUGCAUUAACGAACCUCACUUAAGUUUUGCACCAGUCAGGCAUUUGCUAAAAUCACGGAGUAAGGCUGUUAAAUAGACACUUUGUUGAAUAAGAACCCGGACAACAGAGAAACUAGUACUUCAAAAGACAAAGACUAACGGUGCCCCGACGAGCCCAGCCCACAGCAGUGAAGCUGGACUGAAAGAUACGACUCAGACUGACUGCUCGGACUUUAAGGCAGACAUCAGCAGGUAAACGUCACCACCGCCUCCUGCAGCCCGGCGCCAUGCUGCCGCUGAAGGAGAAGGACAAGGCCGUCGUCCUGAAGCUGCUGUCGGCCGGCUGCUGCCCCCGCUGCGUCCUCAGGUUCUGCUGCGUGAGCGUCCAGGCCGCCUACCGGCAGCCACAGCAGGAUACGCUCAGGGAGCUUCGAGCUUUCAUCAGCACCACAGAGAACACAGAGGCCCAAGAUUCAGCAGCAGCAGAGUCCACAGAUGGGAACGGCAAUUCCCAUGAUGCAGCGGGGUCAGAGCCACCCGACGACCCGCCGAGUAAACGAGCCAAACUGGAGCCCAGCGAGGAAGACGCUGCUGCGGCGGCCGAGCAGCAGGAGGAGGAGGAGGAGGAGUCACGCGUGUGUGUGGUGUGUUUGGGGAUCCUGCAGGAGCUCUGUGACACGACUCAGGCCGUAAAGAUCGCCGAGGUGGUGAAGGCGGAGAAGUACGAGUUCGACAGUCUGGUUCUGUCCGUGUCCCUGCCAGCUCAGCUGUGCGUCCGAGAGCACUCCUGCUGGCUCCACGUGAAGAAGGAGUUGAGGGAGAAGAGCGUCGCGCUCGACAGGGACGACGUCAUCCAGGUGAAGGAGGCCUUCAAGUGGAUCAUGCAGGGCCUGGUGGCCAAGGAGCUGGGGGGCGUCGCCGUGGUUACCAGGAGUUUGUUCGAGGUCGGCGUGGAGUUCACUCACCCAGAGACGGACGCCGACUGCCACUUCCUCGCGUCCACGUGUCCCGACUGCUUCAAACCCACCAAGAACAAACAGUCCGUCUUCACCAGGAUGGCUGUGGUCAAAGCUCUGGAAAAAAUACCCGACGCCAAAUUUCUGAAACAUUAUCCCUGUCCACCAGCACGGCCAGCCAGCAGCUGCGUCCCUCAGGACGUCCAGUGUCUCCACUCGUCUGUCUUUGUGGCAGGGAGGUACAACAAGUUCUGCCGCAGUCUGCCUCAGACCCCCUGGGUGAUCGAUGGCGAGAGGAGGAUGGAGUCGUCGGUGGAGGAGCUGAUCGCGGCGCCCGUCCUGUCUUCCUUCAGAGCCAACGGUUUUAAUUUCUCCUCGUCCGGCAGGGAGGACGUGGACGUGCGGACUCUGGGGAACGGCCGUCCGUUUGCGAUGGAGCUGCUGAAUCCUCACAGAUCGAGACUCAGCAAAGUGGAGAUGAAGCAGCUGCAGGAGACCAUCAACAAGUCUUCAGACAAAAUCAGAGUGAGAGACCUGCAGAUUGUAACCAGGGAGGCCAUGAGUCGCAUGAAGGAGGGAGAGGAGGAGAAAACCAAGUCGUACACGGCGCUCGUCUGGACCCAGAAACCCAUCCAGUGGGAGGACAUCACCUUCAUCGACGACAUUAAGGAUCUGACUCUGGACCAGAAGACCCCCCUGAGGGUCCUGCACCGGCGGGCGCUGGCCGUUCGUCAGAGGGUCAUCCACAGCAUGAGCACCCGCUUCGUGGACUCCCAUCACUUCCACCUGGGGCUGAAGACGCAGGCUGGGACCUACAUCAAAGAGUUUGUCCACGGAGACUUCGGCCGCACCAAACCCAACCUGAGCCAGCUGCUGAAGAUGGACACGGACAUCCUGGAGCUGGACGUGGAGUCUGUGGAUGUGGACUGGCCUCCGUCCAUACCAGAGUGAUCCUCGCUGUCGCUGCCCGCAUCCCGGACCCGAGAGCUUCCAUCUCACCGAGGCCAAACUGGUUCCGUCAGCAGCCGAGGAUCCUCCGCACCAAACCGCCGACCGGGUUCAGAGAAUCUGUGGCAGUUUGUCCCGAAGCUACGAUCGCGUUCCAAUUUAAGUUCCAGAGACUUUAUUUUUACCCCCCAAAGAGCAUGGGGGACGGGACGGGACGGGACGGGACGGGACGGGACGGGCACGGGGACAUUACUGGCUGCUUGAGAACUUGCAGCAAACCGGUUUGUUUUAGGGCAGCAGCAGCCGUCACAUCUUCAUACGUCAGCGGACUGAUUCGCCUGAUGUUCGCAGGCCUUCAGACCACAGAGGAGGCGAAGACAACAGGCUGAAGGAAACGUUUAGGUCCACGAUUGGUGGAUUUGAAGGGUUUAUGCACACCUGCCACCCGGCGGCAGGUCACCACAUCUCAGCUGACGUGUCCAGAAGGAAACCAGCAGUCAAACGUGAUCCGUGACCCACCUGAAGGCACAAAGCACGUCGAGUUCGCCCUGUGAGAAGGUCAACGCUAACAUUAGCACGUCGACUUCUUUCACGUGCCUGCAAAUUAUUUCUCAUCACUCGUCUGGAAAACAAAUGAUCACAUGAAUAAAUCUGAGUCUCUUUGUUA